AUGAGCCUUUCGCUUCUCAAAUUUGAUGGCCACAAUGUCUCCAUCUCCACUGUCUUUCAGAAGUCCAAGUACGGGCCAGUUAACGGUAUCUUGGCCCUUCCGCGGCAUAAGCACAUCAUUCUUGCUGCCGAUGCCGAAAGGGGGGAGAUUUUGAGAAUUGAUACGACUACUGGACAUGUCGGAGUAGCUAUCAAGGACAAAUCACUUGCUCCAAUUCCUGGAGGACCCUUCCCCAUUGGUGUAAACGGAGUCAAGAUUUUCGACGGCUACCUGUACUUCACCAACACAGCUCAUCAGUCCUUGAACCGGGUCAAGAUCGACGACAUGGGAAACAAACUUGGUAAUUUCGAGGUUCUUUCCAAGCUUGAAAAGGGUUCCCCUUAUGCCCCAGAUGACUUUGCCAUGGAUCGGCAUGGAAACACGCAUGUUGUUUAUUGGCAGGAUAGGGUUGUAAAGAUCACUCAGGGAGGAAAACAAACUGUUCUCGUAGAGGGACUUCUUGCCGGCCCUAGUAGUGCCGUAUUUAGCAAAGACGGAAACACCUUGUAUUUUGUUACUUCUGGACAGAACAACCUGGCAGUCUCUGGUGGACAAAUAGUGGAGGUCAAGCUGUAA